UAUUAUUAGUUAUUCAGUUAUAUAUAGGUAUAUCGUUUGCAUUUCGCGAUAAGUAUUGUUUACGCUAUUGUUCACGAACGUUUAAAAAUAUACCUCAAUUAUGGUUUAUACAUUCAUCGUAUACUUCACAUUAUUUUGUCUGUCAAGAAAGAUUGAUUCAUUGCCGCCAGCACUGUGUAACGCGCCCUUCAAAUGGCAGGAUUGUGGAAAGCCGCCUGUUCCAGUAAUGUACUACUGGAAACCAGGGUCGCGGUGCGAAGUUGGUCUUUGGAAAGGAUGUCUUCCCAACAUGAACAUGUUUCGAGAUGAGUAUGAAUGUGUAUCUACAUGCAUUUUCUCAUCACGAGCGAUGCCCGAAGACUACCACAACUUCAAUGAAAUUGAUUUUACGGAAGCCUAUGGCGAUCUAGAGACAACAACGGUAGAUUCAAAUGACAGUAAUAUGACUAACGAUACAAAUGGCACAAACAUCACUAAUGCCACAAAUUCGACCGAAAAUGUAACUACAACUGUAGCAUCAGCGGGUGCCGGGAAUGAAACAGGUGAUGCGGCUAAUGGGAGUGGUAAUGAAACUACUGUUAAAAAUGAUACAGGAAGUUAAAUAAAAAUAUAAUAGUAUUGGGUUAGUGCAUAAUAAAACAUAAUAUUGGCAUAUUUCUAAUAUAAUUUUCAUACAUUUUCCGACAGAAAAUUCCACUUGAUAUCAACUCAGAAUCAUGGUCUUAAUCAUCCCCCUCAGUAUUCGGUGUCACUAACACCCAUACCUACUUAUAUGGGUACCUGUAUGUACUUGUAGGAGAUGUAAGUGACAUCGUAACGAAUACUGAGAGGGAUGAUUGAGACCAUGACUCUGAGUUGAAGUAUUGUUUUUGUUUAAAAGAAAAAAACAUUAAUUUUGCGACGGAAAAUUCCACUUUAUAUCAACUCAGAAUCAUGGUCUGAAUAAUCCCCCUUAGUACUCGUUACGAUGUCACUAACACCCUGUAUAUAUGAUCAUUAAAUAUAAAUAAAUAAUUAUAUACACAUAUAAUAUCAGUAUGGAAGAAGGAAAACGUGACAGGUGGUUCACAUAGAAGAAGCCCCCGCGGAUAAAUGUCGCUUUUCUUACCGAUAAGGCCAUAGGGGACACCCGUGUGCCAAAUCAUCAAUUUUGAUGUUUUUGUCGCAAAUAAAUAUAACUCGACCGUUACAAGCAUUGGAUACGUUUGGCAGGCCUCGCUUUCUGGAGGGCUUUUUGACGCAUGAUAUGGUUUAUUUAUAUAUUUAUUUUUUUAUAAAUUUCGACGUAUAUUAGUGUAGGUAUUUAAUUUGACUAUUAUAAUAUAUUGUAUUGUGAAAUU